AUGUAUUUGUUAAUUACCCUUUUGGUUACGGUAUUUCCAUUGUCAAAGGCGGUAAGAGUAUCGAAAACAAGAAAACUGUUAAGUGUCUGGCCACUGGACUGUGUGGAGGUCUCAAUUAUGGAUGUGGAGGAGCUGCUUUGAACCCUCUCUUCCGUCCGGCUUGCCAGAGUAUGGGUUGCCCCGGGAAUCUGGGCUAUCAAGGAGGGUUGGGCUAUGCUGGAGGGUACAACCAGUACUCUCCGUACAACAGUGUCUUCGGUAAUGGGGGAUAUGGACCCCUAGGGGGUCUCGGAGGAUCUUCAUGUGGCCCUUAUGGUUGUUAUAGGCAUCGUGCUCGGGCUUCGGUUAGUUAUAAACCAGAGAAUUUGAAGGGAUACACGUAAGUCUAGUGGAAUAUUUAUUUGAAUGCGAUACAGUAAUGAGACCAUCAGACAUCUGAACCAAUUGGCAGAGAUCUCUCCGUCCGUAGUCAACAAUUACUUCAAGAAUCAGAAAGUGGCUGUUGUAAGUUGACUUUAAUCAUCAUUGUUACAUAACUUAUGUCAUCAUUGAUAUUAUGGUUCAAGAACCCGAACAAAGCGUUCCUCCAAUGCUGUGUUGAUCGUCGAUUGCCCGAUUCUUGCCUCCGGAAAUGUAAUUUUGGAGUCUAUAAAAGAGAAAUGGUAGAGCAUAAUAGUAAAGAUUCAUUCAUAUUAUUGCAGUUGAGUGAGAUGUACAUGAAGAAAGAGGAAUGCCCGAUUGAAGCCAUGCAGGAGAUUCAUUUCUGUGCAGCCCAAGGUCGAGAUCAUCGUCAAUGUUGUGAAAGAAAUGGAGUUUCCACGACUCUGGCGGGAGAGAAGUGUCUUGUUUUCUGCGAUCAGCGUCCCGGCCGCGUCGUCCAACUCGAUAUGACGUAUUUGCCGUGUUUCGAGAGAUUCGAAAGCAUGAAAAGUUGCUUCUGGAAUGACUUAAUCAGACGUCAGUAG